AUGGUGAUCACCAAUUCGGUAUGCAUAUAUGGCCAUGUACAACACAUAGUUGGAGGAGAAAACUUUGGAUGGACAAUCCCCGAGUACAAAGAUUAUUAUUCAAAUUGGUCAAGUAACCAAUCCUUCCAUGUUGGUGACACCUUAGUUUUCGAGUUUGAAUCAGAAUUUCACAACGUGAUGCAAGUUUCAAGAAGAGAAUAUGAUGAAUGUGCAUCACAGAAUCCGUAUCAAGCUUUCAUCAUUGGCCCGGCAACCGUUGCAUUAAUCCAAGAGGGAAUACAGUAUUUUAUCUGCUGCACCGCGGACUAUUGUAAUUUAGGUCAAAAAUUAUCAGCGGCCGUCCAACCGAGCAGUUCGACUCCUUCUACGCUGUCUACACCAUCAUCACCACCGCCAACUUCUCAAUCUCAUCAGAAUGCUGAUCAUGUGGGCCCAUCCUCUUCUUCUACUGAUUCUUUAAUGAGGACCACUACGAUCAUCUCAUCAGGUGUUUCUUCAUUUUCAUUUACACCAUUAGGAUUCCGCGAUUGGGUUUUACUGAAGGAAAGUUUACAUGUUCUUUUUGCUUACAUAUACGAUUUCCUAUCAGCAGCAUCCCAAGACAUAUCUGAAAGAGCUAUGAAACAAGCAAAAACAUUCGCUGCCAGUUACAUGAAUGGUGACAAUCUUAAUUGCAUAGGGAAAGAAAAUCUCUAA